AGGUUCCUCAGCAGGAUGAAGCUUUUCUCUCAUCCUCUGCUUUAAUGUGUCUUUGUCAGGAUGGCGGGGGUGUUCGACAUCGACAUGGAGACCGAUGAUGUCAGCGACACAGAGGACGACGCCUGUGAGCUCACAGUCACAGAACCGGAGAAUGUUCAGACGGAGGAGGUGGAGCUGACCAGUGAAAGUGUGAACAGAGACAGUGAGCGGGUCGGACCCGACUGCUUCGAGCUUCUGACUGUGCUGGGCAAAGGAGCCUAUGGCAAGGUGUGUGUGUGUGAGAAGGUUCAAGGUGCUCAAACAGGGAAAAUAUUUGCCAUGAAGGUCCUGAAAAAGGCUAAGAUCGUGUGUAAUGCUAAGGACACGGCGCACACACGAGCAGAGCGGGAGAUCCUGGAGAAAGUCCGAAACCCGUUCAUCGUGGACCUGCUGUAUGCCUUUCAGACCGGAGGGAAGCUCUAUCUCAUCCUGGAGUGUCUGAGUGGAGGAGAGCUGUUCAUGCAGCUGGAGAAAGAGGGCAUCUUCAUGGAGGACACGGCCUGUUUCUAUCUGGGAGAGAUCAUCCUGGCUCUGGGUCACCUCCACUCCAACGGGAUCAUCUACAGAGAUCUGAAACCUGAGAACAUAAUGCUGAGCCAGCGAGGACACAUCAAGCUGACAGACUUUGGUCUCAGUAAGGAGUCGAUUCAUGAUGGAAGCAUCACGCACACCUUCUGUGGGACCAUCGAGUACAUGGCCCCAGAGAUUCUGACCCAUUCGGGCCACAACAGAGCAGUGGACUGGUGGAGCCUCGGGGUCCUGAUGCACGACAUGAUGACCGGAUCGCCUCCGUUCACGGCCGAAAAUAGGAAGAAAACUAUCGAGAAGAUCCUUAAGUGCAAACUCAACCUUCCCCCUUAUCUGACAGUCGAUGCCAGAGAUCUCAUCAAACAGCUAUUGAGGAAGAGUCCAGUCAAAAGACUCGGCUCCAGUCAAGGUGACUCCGCUGAUAUCCAGAAACAUUCGUUCUUUAAACAAAUCAACUGGGACGACUUGCUGAACAAGAGAGUAGAGCCUCCGUAUAAACCUCAGCUGCAUUCAGAUGAGGAUGUGAGCCAGUUCGACACCAGGUUUACCCGACAGACUCCAGUGGACAGUCCGGACGACUCCACGCUGAGCCACAGCGCAGAACUCGCCUUCGCUGGCUUCUCCUUCGUGGCUCCAUCGGUGUUGGAGAGUCUGAAAGAAGGGUUCUCGUUCGAGCCCCGAUCUCGUCACGUUCGUCGUCACAACAGCAGCCCACGCACACCCAUCAGUCCACUGAAGUUCUCUCCUGCUGGGCCCUUUAAGUUGGCCGUGGAAGGAGAGCCAGACCUUUUCUCUCCUACGUCUCCACCAGCAGCUCCACCUUCGGUCCCGUUGGAGAACGGACCUGCCAGUCGGCCCAUCAAAACCCCGUCUCGGAACAAGAAGAAGAAAGGACAUCAGAGAUGAGGAGGAGGCUGUAAAACAUCCAGCUUUGGUCAUUUUUCUUCCUUCUGAUUUCAGGUCCGACUUACUGGGAAACCGGUUCUGGAGAAAUAAAUGAACUCAGUACUGACUGGGUUUAUAGUCACACAUGCUCUGCUUAUUAUUACGACUCUGAGUUGAAUUAUUUGUGAAGCGUUCAUCUUCAGCUCUGACGUUUCUGGACGUUCUGUCUCACUGGACUCUCAUGUAUGGAAACACAAACUUCUGUAAUUAGAAAGCGAGCGAAGGAGCCAUCAGUUCCUUCACCAGCUUCCUGUGGCGCUACACACCGCUAACCCGCUUCUUUAGUUACAACUAAAGAAAGUUGGUACGAGGUUUAAAGACUAAGUUCACUUGUUUCUUUUUCAACACAUUUGCAGCGGCGUCGAGUAUGUUUGAGUGACUUAUGAGUCAUCUCUGAGGUAUAAAAGCUCCGGUGCUCCUGUCUCAGGAACUAGAAGUGAGCCAGAGCAGAGGGGGGCUGAAGACGACAGGAUCUGGAGUCUUAAUGAUGUUUGGGUAUCUCGGCUCUGAUUGGCUAACAGUAACAAGGCUCUACCACUGGCUCAGUUGAUGUUUUAUCUCCACAAACAACACCAGCCUGAUGGAGUUGCUAAUGCUAACGGCUAGCUUCCACUAGCUGAGACGUUCUCUGCUGUUUCCUGGAUGCUAAACCAAACCAACAACAGCCUUCCCCGUCGCGAGCCGAGGUGGUGUAGAUCUGUGUGGCUUUUCUAAUCCGAGCGUUUCGCCAUCUACUUUUUAUCGGCGGCUAAUGCAGGAACUAGAAGUAGAAGACUGUUUUUACCGAUUAUUUUUAAACAUACAAGUAAAAAACCGGUUCCUCAGUGAACUUGGCCUUUAAGGUGGAACUGGUCCAUCGAGUUCGACUCACAGCAAACCGAUGACGGAUUUUUGCUUUGAAGAUUAUUUUGUGCGAAGGUUGAAACACGACACCACUUUUUGUUGUUGUUGUUGGGCUGCAUGACCUUAAAUCUGUGGUGUGACACGUUUUGGGUUUUUUUGGUUCCAGGUUUUCUUUUCUUUGUAUAUAAAAUUUAAUCUAAAGUGUGAAAGCCUAAAGAAGGUUGUUCCUUUACGUAAUGACAUCAUUGUGAAACACACUGCCUUCCUGUUGGUUCAUCCAAUGCCUCAGAUAGCAGCUCAGUGGUUAGUUUGAACCAAUCAGAGCAGACUUGGCCUUAAAGUGACAGUAGCUAAAAGUCAGCAGUGGCCGAAUUUGUGUUAAAUAUAAUUAUGUUGGGAAGAAUUUUGGCACAUGGAACUCAUCCUGGAGACCUUCAACACAAAAUUAAUAAGCUAUAAAUUAUUUAUGGGGUUUUAAUGAGUUUGUAAAUAGAAAAAUAUUUAUUUAAGUUUAAAAUCCUCUAGAUUAUUUUUUCAUUUUUACUUAUUCCUCAGGUGUUUCUAAACAACAUUCAUCUGCUGCCCAUGCACACACACACACACACACACACACACACACACACACACACACACACACACACACACACACACACACACACACACACACCUGCUGUAUGAACAGGUUUACGGUGAUGUGCUCAGAAAACAAAAUUAUGUAUAAAAACAGUAUUUUGUUAAUGAAGCUGAAGUUUUUCCCCAAUCUGAACUAGUGUUUAAGUAGAAUUUAAACAUUUACAGAUUCACUCUAAUCAAAUGUAUUUUCUCUAAAAUAAACAACUUUAUGAAUCUGUCUGAUAAUUUUUGUAAAAUGUUUGCAUUAAAAAUAAAGCCACGGUAUCUGUAAAGACAUAUCUGAUAUAUUUAUGAAGCUUUCCACCAUUUUGGCUGAUUUAGUCAGUUUUAUCUCCUCCGUCGUUCUCGCUUAGAAGGGUGUUUUAUUUCUGACUCCUGAGGAUUUUAAAUUGUCAGAUAAUUUUGAUCUGAGAAUAAACUUGGUUGAAACUUAUUUUUGUUUUUGGCUCCGCCCACUUGCUGCUGAUUCUGUCUGGGGAAAAAAACCUGGUCCUGAAAUAAACGGAUGUUUUUCUGGCUCUUCGCAUGACAAAUGGUUUUCAGUGAUGUAUGUGAUUUCAUUUAUCAUUUGAGGAGAAGAGUCCUGUUUUUGCAGCAUUUUAGUAACUGAACACGUCGUCUGUAUUAAAACAAAGCCUUUCCGCCACAUGGUACAGUCAUGUAGAGAACAAUUAUAAAACACAAAACAUGGCUUAUCUGAUGUGUUUAUCAUGACAAAAUGAUUAAUGAGUGUUUGAUGCAAAUGAAUAAAACGUUUCUCUGGAUGUAGAACCUGGAGGUGAUUUUUAAAUGACA